GCCAUUCUUAGCAAAAUGCACGAUGCAACGUGGCACACAUCAACAAAGGCAAAAGGAAGUGCCGUUACUAAAAAUCGGUGAAUAAUGCACUAUAAAGCGGCAAAUAAAUUCAACAUUAGCCAACAACAUCAUCGUCUACUUGGCCGACUAAGCAAAGCUGUCAGAGCUUUGAGAAGCCCCAGAGGUCUGAUGUGGGAGGCGUUGGUAGCGGUGUCGGUGUCGGUGUCGGUAUCGGUGUCGGUGUCGGUGCUUGUUCACAAACACUUGCGCAGUAUGCAGAAGGAUAUGCGGAAAAUAUCGCAACAAGCGCCAUACAACACGUUACAACAGCGGUAACAACAACAAAAAUAACAAGAGGAGCAGCUACAGCCAAACAAGAUUGUAGUACAACUUGCACUACAAACUAAACAGACAGCCGACAGACAGAGCGCCAGCCAUGGAGUGCAGCAGGAUAUGGGAGGAUACGCCCUUACAAGCCAAUUGACGUUGGAAAUGAUGCCCGCAACGGAGUGGAACUACUUAAUACAUAUUACUACUACGACAAGAAAAGAGUUGUUGGUCAUACACAUGUCCAGAGUAUUUAUGAGCAGCUCACACGAAGCAGAAGCGACCAGCCAAAGCGGACGUGGUCAGCUGUAAAAUCAAUUUAACACCACAAUCACGUCGAGCAGCAACGCCAAAUUUGUCAUACAGCAUGAGUGACCGCUGGCGAGCAGACGCAAUGGACUCAUUGGAAAUUUUGGGUUUUUGCUUUAUUUUGUUACAUCUACAAGUUUAAAUAAUGCGUAUAUAGCUACACACACCACUUAAGGCAUAAGCAUGUACUUAAAGCCCAAAGAAAUGAGUUAAUACCAAACAUUUAGCCCUAACACUUACACGCACCCAAGCACCGUGCCGGAGGUCAGUAACAAAGCCGUAAUGCGUUCAUAACAACCGUUUUUCCAACGUCACAUCGACUCUAGUCAAGGAAAGCCAGCCGAAAGGCAGUGUUCGUUGGCGCCUAUUUAAUAGACACGCUGAUGCGAACUCAACAGUAGUUCACUUCUAACGGUCUUGGACAGCAGAACAGCGGCAGCAGCAUAGUCACUAAUUAAUCGAAAGGAUCCGGUGGUUUGGAAAUAAUGUCCAAAAUAUUUUACACUCUCGCCGCAGUUGGCUUCUUGAUAGCCGCUUUGUGCCAUGCCGAGCCGCCACGUUCACGUUUGCGAUUCCCAGGACCGGCCAACAAUCGGCCAUUGCCAUUUUUGGCGCGACAAGAAUCAGCACCCUCAGCGCCAGCCGAUCCAGCACCUUAUCCACCAUCAGGUUUCAAACCAGAGCCAGCAUUUGAGUUACCAGAGCCAAAUUAUGGCCCGCCCGAAGGGACUUAUGGGCCACCAGACCAGACAUACGGUCCACCAGAUGAGACUUAUGGGCCACCAGACCAGACCUACGGGCCACCAGAUCAAACAUACGGCCCACCAGACCAAACUUACGGACCACCGGCAGAGGAACCCCUUCCUGAACCAGAACCAUCCUACGGACCACCACCAGCUGCUCCUGCAUCUACUUAUGGCCCACCUGGCACACCGGCUGAGGAAUAUGGACCACCACCACCACCAGCUGCCGUGGAUGUACCACAAACCGCAUCGAUCAUCGAUCCACGCGUCAUCUUCCCACAAACCGUUUUUACGCUGCCACGUACAGAACGGUUAGUGGCUUUUCGUCCCAGACGGCGUCCAGCACCAGCUAAGCUACGCCGGCCGGGUUCGGGUCCGCUACCGAAGCCAGCUAAACUAACUCGCUCACGACCACAACCUCAAUCACAAACACAAAUACAACCAGCCAAAUUGAUUCUACAUAUUCGUCAUUAAGUAAAGCAAAAUCCCUGCUCUGAUUCACUGGGCAGAGUGGGUGCAUUGUUGUUUAUAUAACAUGUACAUAGAUAUGUAUGAACAUGUGUUAGUUUUACAUAGCUUUCGUUGUAUUCCUUAUGGUUUGUUAAUUUGUUGUAGCCACUGCUAAAAAUAACCUGUAUAAAUACUAUUAAGAAGUUAAAAAUUUAAUAACGAAAACUAUUUCUAUUUUUUACUCGUGAACAACUAAAAUCGCUCAAGAUAUUAGCAGCCUAUAGCCUGGGCAUCGAAUUGCUACUUUUGGCUAAGCAUUCGGAUUUAUGUGCAUACGGUGACUCA